AUGAAGUCUUUCCGGGGAUCUCUGUCACAGAGACUCGGUGAACAGGCUCGGGACACCGCCCUCUAUGCCCUCGAUGUCGCGCAAGACCCCCAGCUCUACCUCGACCGGGGCUGGGAAGCUUCUCGGAGAUACUUCUUCUCCGUGAUCUUUAUCGCCAUCGUCCUAUCCAAGUGCUUCCAUAUCCUGGUUCAUCUCAAGUCCUUGACCGUGGUAUCCUUCCUGGUCUGGGGUCUGACUUUCUUCCUGGUCGACUUUUUGCUCAUUUUGAUUGCCUGCGCCUUGGCGCGAUCGUUCAGAUACCCGCUAUGGCGCUACCUGGCUGCUUUUAGCACUGCCAUAUGGAGUUUGUAUACCGCUUCGAUGAUCUCCGCCAAUAUUUCCUACUACGUCCACGUCGGGAAUGAAAUCCACUGGCGCAAUGUGAACAACUUCCACCAUGACAAGCCUACCGCUUGGACUGUCUUGACCGCGUUGGGACUGGGUAUACUCAUUGACGUGAUGAUCUACACCGCGGCCUACUACGCAACCCCGCAUCUCUUCCGGAUCACCGAUGCUUUCCUGGACAUUUGGGUCUCGCUUUUGCCCGCCAAGUAUCGCUGCAUUCGUCGCAAAGAACAGAAAUUGCCAGACCCUGAGAUCUACGAGCAGAUCGCCAUCGAUGACUAUGAUGAAAACCACGAGUCCGCGGGACUGCUAGAGACUCCAGAGGAUCAGCCUCAAACCUCGGCCUUGCCUUCCUCCGACAGGAAGAGUACAUCGAUGCUCAAGCGCGGAAUUGUCAUUGCCUGCAGCGUGGUUUACCUCCUUCUGCGCUUCGCUCGCCCGACUGAUGCGACUUACGCAUUCCUUUCUGCCACUCUGCCGCUCGCACCGUUCAAAGGCCUGAUCUAUCGCCCCAACCAGGGAUGCGUUACAGAUUUGCCAGGUGAUUUCAGCUGGCUGGAGGACAAGACUGCUCUGGACGAUUUCCCCAACUUUGAUUGGCUCCGUACUGAUGAUUCAUUGAACGGCUUCGUGGAAUGGUCUCCCUUCAAGAUCAACCACACAGAGCACUUCCAAACACACUACAACCCCGCAAAGGACCCUCUGCACAACAUCAACCUUCAAAAUGAAAUCCUCGAGCCACUGAGGGAGGUUCUGAAGAACGGAACUGUCAAAAUCAAACACGUUAUUCUCAUUAAGUUGGAAAGUAACCGCCAGGACGUGUUCCCCUUCCGCUCCGACUCUUAUAUCAUGAAGCACAUUAAGGAAUCAUACGAAGAUGGUCAAAUUCCCCAAAAAGUGCUUGAUCGACUUGCUACGCUCACCCCCAUGGCCCAACGCUUUACUGGAUUCGACAACAAAUUUGAGACUGAAGCAGAGCGUCCAGAGCCUUAUGGUGGUAUUAGCGCCAAGAAUGCUUACACUUCUGGUACCUACACCAUGAAGAGUCUCACGGGCACAAUCUGCGGUCUGAACCCUAUCGCUGUGUUCAACAACCUUGAAUACUAUCACGAUAUGUACCAGCCUUGCUUGCCCCACAUAUUCAAUGCGUUGAGCGCACAGCCAAACAGAACCACCGAGACAGAAGAUUGGAUGUCCUGGCCCUGGCACACCAUGUGGAUGCAGUCUCACUACGGUACCUGGGAUAAGCAAUAUAUGCUUACCCCGGCCAUGGGAUUCACGGAGGUGAUGGACAAAGAAAGAUUGGAAGAGUUCAAUGACAAGUACCUCCCCGAGGAAAAGCAUGACCACGACUACCCGGACAAGACACUCAAUGGAUACCUUCGUGAUGUCAUCACCGCGGCGAAAGAGAAGAAGAGGCGUCUCUUCCUAACUCAUCUCACCCACAACACUCACACGCCUUACUAUGUCCCCGGCGAGUAUGAGGAGUUCUUUGGAAACGGAGCUGGCUGGAAUGACAAGAUCAACAAGUAUCUGAACACCAUCGUCUACCAAGAUGAAUGGUUGGCCGAUAUCAUGGAAAUCCUGAACGAAAACGACAUGGCCGAUGAGACCCUGCUCGUCAUGGCUGGUGACCAUGGUCUUUCACUUCCAAACGACGGUGGUGUAACAGCCAACCAUGACCCCCACGUCGGCAGCUUCCACGUGCCCCUCUUCUUCUCCCACCCCAAGCUGCCUCAGAUCGAAGUCGACAGCGCCGUGCUCUCAACCCAAAUCCUCCCUACCAUUCUCGACCUCCUCAUUGAGUCCUCAUCCAUUGACGAACACGACACCAAGAUCGUCAAAGACCUCCUCUCUAUGUACGAAGGCCAAUCUAUGAUCCGCGACCUCAUUCCCGAGCAAGAUGGCAAGCGCGAAUGGCACUUCUCCACCAUGAACCCAGGCGGAACCUGGGUUUCCAUGCGUGCCGCUGAGCAACCAUACCGCCUAGUCGUCCCACUGAUCGCCGACGCCCCUUGGCGAUUCACCGAUGUCAUCGCUGAUCCAUUCGAGCUCCGCCCGGAGGAAGAUCUCAACAUCGUCGACCUCCACGACAUCGUACAGACGCGCUACGGCCCCGUCGCCGCAAAGUGGCUCUCAGAGGCCGCUCACGUUUCCCAGUGGUGGAUCGCCGAGAACCACAAACGCUGGGGAUACAAUGCCACAUUGGAGGCAUGA